CGGAGAAUCGUACGAUGGAUAGUUGGAGCACGUUGCUUUGUUUUCUCUAGAUUAACAUCUUAUAAUAUAAACAAAAAAUAUGACUUGUUGUGGGGAAACUUUUUCCAAUUAUGGAUGGGAAUUUUUCAUGUGGUUUUGUAGAUUUUGGGGUAUCAUUACAGCGUUAAGUUUAUGGGGAACUGGUGUAGAAGCUAUUUAUUAUGGACAUAUCCUUGGUUAUUAUAUAACUCUUGCUGGUCUUGCUGUGACUUUCUUUGAGCUGGUAUUUGCUAUGAACUAUAUUGUAGCUGUUUGUCAAGGUGAUGAAGAAAGUUGCUGUAAGAACAUAUGGAAUGCCAUAGUCAUGGUUGAUAAUUGGAAGAAAGGAAUUUUAUAUAUAUUAUUUUCUGUUCCAUGUUUUAUACAGCCAUCUACAGUAUGGCUUGGUAUAAUAUCAGGUGUUAUGUUAAUUAUAAGUGCCAUUUUAUAUAUGAUAAAAACCAAAGGUAGUACAGAAGAAAAUGAAUUAGAUAAAAUUACACAGAAUGCUUCUUAUGAUCGAUUUGAUGAGUUACAAGAGGAUGAUAUAGAAGAUUGUAUAUUAAAUCCAACAGAUCAAUCAACGGGCAUAUCAUUAGCUGAACAACAAGAAAUUUUAGAAUUAUGAUGUUAAGAACAAUAUGUUCUAUAAUUAUGUUUUACAUUGUCAGAUCUGAAAGUGCUAAAUAGUCAUAUUCUAUUUUACGGCUUAUUUCUCAAGAAUGAUUAGAAAAGUUGAGUAUGUGUUAAUGGACAGCAACCCUGAAACACAAUAAAACAAAAGGUAUUUACUUUUCUUAUUUCAUGUGAUGACUUUUUACAAUUACAAAACAUUUUUAAAAAAAAUAAUUUUGUUUUAAAACACAUAGCAGUUAAUUCAAAUUGAUUUAGUCAUACUUGUAUCAAGUCAAUCUUUUAAAUUUUCAUGGAUGAAGAAAGGUAACUCUCAUGAUAGUUUUGGGAAAUGUGUGAUAUACUAAAAAAAAUGGCUGUAUAUAUUUUUAUUUUCUUCAGCCAAUUUUAUGAUGUGUAUGGAUAUAUGAUAAAAUGAAUAAGUAUAACUCUUUUUUAUAAACUGCCUGUUCAAAGAAGAAAAUCAAUAAAACAUACUUACAAUUGUGCAUUGUAUUGUGAAUAAUUGAGUUAUUUCCCUUGGUUUGAUUUAUUUUCAAUGUAGCUGUUUGAAUUUUAAAUAUUUUGAAAGUAAGCAUAUUGGAAAAUUACAGCUGAAGUUUUUCUUUGAAGUUUUUUUUUUUUUAAUUUAGAUUUAAUAUUUUAGGUAUUUUCACUAUCUUUCACAUACUGCCUGGUUCCAGAUUGAAGUGAUACUUAAUAAUUCUGUAUAAGUCUUGAUUUUUACAAUAUAUAUGUGUAAUGCUGCUUACCAAAAUGAUUAUUAUCUAUUAGUAUCUGUUUCAUGAUGCAGAUAAGUCUGUCAAUACGAAUCUGAUAUUUGGAUUACCUUAAUAAGAGAUGGGAGAGGAAAUGCGUUUUGUAAUGUGUAUAUAUACUUGGAGAAAAUGUUAGGAUUUGCCGCAGUGAUUACGAUAUAUUGAAUUCUCAAUGUCAUUUUUAAAAAUGUAGGCAGUCUGUAACAAAACAAUUUUUUUAGGGAAUGAUUUCAUAUAAAAGUUUUAAAUGAUAAAGUAAUAAUUUAGUUAAAAAAAUUCAAGUGUAACUUAGAUAAAAUGCAAUGUUAAUUAUUGCAAACCAACAUUUAUUAAAAGGAAUAAGUUACAUGGGGAUUUUUGUUUGUUUUAUAGACUCUUUAAUUUUGAAAAUAAAAUAAUGAGGACAGCUGAUCCAUUUGGAGAGGAGAAUCCAGUGGUUCCAGUCAUCAUAUUUUCUUUGUCUUAGAAAUCUGAAUUUCAAGAUACGUCAUUAAUGAAUAAAAUGAAAGUAAGAUGUAUAUUACAAAAAACUCAAUCAGGUUUGACUCUGUAAAACACACCCGUUUUAAGUGUUCACCUUAAAUUGUUUAUAAUUUAUUUUUAUAUUAAAUAUUGUAAGUUAGUGUUUUAUUCUUGUGAAGAUUUCUGUAGAGGAAAGGAGAGUAUGGGAGAAUUUUAUAAUGAAUCUUAGUAAGUAUUUGUAAUUAUAUAUCUUACUUGUGUUUAACACUUGUUAUGUGAAUAAAUGUUUAUUGAUAACUUGAAAGACCUGGUUAAGGCUGUAUGUAUCAUGUUUAAUUUAGUUUAUUUAUUUGUUAGUUUUAGGUUGUGACUUAUUUUUGAUAACUUAUUUAGGUUCUAUGCCAUCUCAAGUGAAAACUAGAAGUUGGGCCAAUUUUCAUCUUUUCUAUUUUAAGUGUUUAAAAAUUAAUUAUAUUUUGACUUGCCUGCCACUGACCAUACAUUAUCAUAUUUUGCCUAGUAAGUACUUUAGGAAAUUAAGAUCAGUUGUUAAAAUAAUUUUUUUGACAGGUUGAAUUUCAUCCAUCUUUAAAUCACUUUUAAGGUUUCCACAUUCAAGUUUUCUGCUUUUGUAAUGCUUCCUGUUGUGAAGUAAAAAGACUGGGUUAUCAGUUUUGUCAUGACGAUCAUAAGAAGGGAAAUAAAGAAACAAACUACUUGCAGAUUUUUAUUUACAGGAUUUCAAAAAUAAAUAUUAUUGAACUGUACAUCAAAUGAGUUUCUUUAGACAAGAUCUUUAGCUACAAAAUUAAGGUGAACUGAUUAUUAACCCCUUGUUGUGGAUUCUCAGUAAAAUAUAUUACAACUACAAAAUACAGUUAAUCGUCCUAGUAGUUAUGAAACCUAUACAAUACAGCGUUAUGGCAACAAUGUACCAUAGUUCAAUGUUAGUACUUUAUGUAAUUUCUGACACCCCUAUUUAUUUUGCCUCAAGUUGAGAUUAUUGCAAUUUUUGUAAUUUAAUGAAUAACUAAAGCCAAAUGUUCCUUUGUCAUUCACAAAGAAAAAUACACAUGUCUUCCCAAGAGAUUGAAAUGCAAUAGAUCUGAAACACUAAUUUCUUUUAAAACUCUUAACAUUUUUUGCAUAAUAUUUAUUUCAAUAGCAUUAUGAUAUUCAAUGUUUUAUAUCUUUACAAAAGUAAGAAAGAUAAUGAAUCUCCUAUGGAAUUAUACAAAAUUUGAAAUGAUUUAUUUGUAAAAUUAUAGAAUGUCUUACAAUGUCAUAAAAUAUCAAUUUAACAAAUGAUCAAUACAAUUUUAUUAUUCUUGUACAUCUUUGUGAGUGGUUUUGACUAAUUUUUUAUAUUUUUUAUUAUACAAAUGAAGUCUAAAUAGAUUGAUUGAAUCCUGUGUACUUUUGUUAAUAUCAUUUAUUUUUCUGUUUUUUCUUCUUUCAAUUCCAAUAUAAUCUGAAUGAACUGUUAAUUAAAAUUCCGAUGAGCUAAUAUUGUGUUGUUUUUUGGUUUUUUUUUUCAUAUUUAAUUCAGUUGUGAUCCAGAUUAAUUUUAUAUUGUAUGUAAUUUUUAUUCCCAUUUUUCUGAUUUCAUUGCUUUACAGUUUUACAUCAGUUUUGGUGAAUUAUUUAUUAUUAUUAUUAUAUUUAUAUAGCUUUUACAUUAUUGAUCAAAUUUUCACUGUGAAAACAAUGAAAAUAAUAUCAGGUUUAUAGAACUUUUGCAUGUAAAGCCAUUUGAUUUGUCUUUUUGCAUUCUUGACUGAUCUCAACGUAAAUGCUCUAAUUAUGUACUUUGAGUUUAAUACAAACCUUACCUGAAUGAAACAUCACAGCAGUGUUAUUUGCAAUCAUAAGUAAUGGCUGCAUCCACUAGCAGUCUUCUCUGUGAAAAUCUAAACUUAAACAUUGAAAGUUCUUUGAAUGAAAUCCAAUACCAAUAUCGAUGGAACACAUCAGAUAUUCAACUUUUUUUAUAUACUAGAAAACUAUUCUGGAUAUAUGUUGAUAACAGCUACAGGAACAUCUUUUUAUUUUGAUAAUUGGCACAGUCAAUGUUAUAAUUACAUUUCAUUUAUGUUUCAAUAGAAUCCAUAAUUUUGAUUGGCCGAUAACAAUAGUGAGGCACUCCAAUAUCAUAUUUUAUAUCCGUAUAAAAAACAACAGCUAUGACUGCACCUGCUAUCCGUGACAAUAUUGAAAUCAUGCAUCUUAGAACAAAAUAAAAGCUUGAUAUAACUCUUAAUUUCAUGGUUGUUGCAUAAAAAUGUAAUUACAUGUAUAAGAAAUUGAAUGCUUCUUUUUAUAAUUUUAUUGGGUUGUAAAAGUGUUGAUCGUGCACACAUUUUUAAUAUGAAGUGCUUCUGCGGUUGAAAUAAAAUGCUUCUGUCAAUGGCAUUACAUCUCAACAAAAUUAUGAAAAGAAGCAUCCAAGUCUGCAAUAAUAACCCUGCUUUGAUGAAGGGGAUAUACUUAGAUUGUGAAUUAAUGCACCAUUUACCUGGUAACCUUUUUUACAUGGCAUCCAUGUACUUUUAUAAAGUAGGAUUACCAUCAUAUUGUAUUAUUAUUUAAAUUGCCUGGAUUAUUUGUAUAUCGACAAAUGUUUUGUCUCUUGUGCUCCUUCCUAGUCUGUUAUAGAUUUGUUCAGUUUUUAUUGUACCAAUGUAAUUUAUGUAUAUAUUAAUUUGUGUUUGAAAUGAUAUGUGUGUACAAUUUUGAUUUAUUUCUGCUUAUAUAAAUUUUUUAAAAUCUGAUAUGAAUAGACUUAAGGUGGUACCCAACACCUUGACUAACAUUAAUUUGGCUCGUUUAAUUUUCAUAAAAUUUUGACAAAAUGUUUACUUUGACCCUUUGACAAAAAUAUAAAAAUUUCAAAAAAUUUGAACCAACCACUUUAUCGGAAAAAUUUCAUUGGUUAUAUAGCAGUUUGACAAACACUAAUUUUGAUCAUUGAGAAGCUUAAUAUUUCCUUAACAAUACAACGUAAUUAAAACGUUUAGCUGAUUUUUACAGAAUUAUCUCCCUGUAGUGUUAGGUACCACCUUAACUUAGAUUAAGGGUAUUCACUCUCUAAUAUGAUAAAUUCUAUCUCCUAAUGUCAACUUUUCAAUAAGUCUCUAUUUGUAUGUUGUAUCCUGAACAUAACAAUUUUGGCAUCAUUUUUUACAAAAAUAAUUGGCAUUUUUGCAUAGCAAAAUAAGUACAAGCUAAAUAUGUAGACAUUAUUAACAGUCAUAAAUAUAGUAGAAUUUUUGUAUAUGGGAUCCUUGCAAGGUCCUCAUCGUCUGUUAAACAUUGUGCACCUGAUCUUCACCUCAUACACUAGUGAUCAAGGUUAACAUUAUAGUUGCCACACAAAAAACCAAGACAAUCAAACUAGCAUCUUAUGUGUUUGUUACUGUAUGCAGCAAAUAAUAAUAGAGUCUAAUCAUGGAUAUUUCUGUUUAAUUAAGUCCAUAAAAAUGUACAAGCAAGUCUUGGAAAUAUAUUUCUUGGUUUAUUAUAAUUUCACCUUUAUAUUUUUUUAAGAAUUUUGGACCUUCCAGUAUCUUUUUUCAUUGAAAUUUUUAUUACUUGUAUUUUUUCAAGAAUAUUGUCUCUUGUAGAAUAUGAAUUUCCCCCACAAGGUAGUACAAUGUCAUAUUCUACUGGGUAAAAUUCAGUGAUUUGAGUGCAAUACUGUAAAUUGUGAUGUUUUUGAUAAGGUGAAAAAUGUGACAGUAUCUGGUUCACAAUAGUAAAAACUCAGUGAUUUUCCUUGACACAAUUUGUACAAUUGCAUUAAUUAGAUCCCACAUUUUUCUAGUUAUCAAUGAUUUACAAUAAUAAAAUUAAUUUCUGAAUUGGUAGUAAGUUCUUUAUUGUAUUAGUAUACAAUGUAAAACAUAUCUUAAACAUUGAUGUUGAAAUUAUGUCAAUGAUCAUACAUUGAUGUUUUUAUAAUGGCAAAAAUUGAAAAUGGAUAGGUAUCUAAUAAAAAAAAUCUUGCAUUAAAAAUUUUGAUCGCAUGAUUUGUUUGUUGCAUUUCCAGAAUUUACAAAAAUCAGUCUCACAUUUUUGUCCAGUGUUCAACUGUCACAAUAAUAGAUACAUGAUAAUAUUUCUGUACAUACUUUACAUUUUAUGUUUCAACUUUAGAAUCAAUUUAAUAAUUUUUUUCUUUUUCUGCAAGAUCAUUUAACUAUUAUGUUUUACCAUAAUUCAAGUAUCGUCAUUAUUUUCUGCUUCCAUCACACAAUGUGAUAAAUGUUUUUGAGUGAGUUUUCUAGUUAGAUUGUCUUGUGAGUUAAAGGAUCACGUUUUAGAUUUGUAUUUCAAUACAGCCAUUCCUUUUCUUAUUUCCAUGAGCAAAAUCAUUCUUAUCUUAAACAUCUGUACAACUUGAUUAUAGAUCUAGUUGUUAGGUAAACAAGUUUGUAUCUGUGGAUUAAAUUGAGAAAUAUUACAUUUAAAAAAGAGAGUCUCCAAAAUGAAUAAAUGGAGAUAAAUAAAUUGUUUAUAAGUAAUGUUAGACCACCAUUCUACUUUGGUUAUACAGAAAUAACAAGUGCUUAAAAUGAAGGAAGGGAGAUAACUUAUGAUAUGUACAAAAAUUCUAUAUACAUAUAUACCUUAGAUAUACCAAAUUCUGGGUUGUUAAUAAAAAUAUGAGGUUUGUUGCUGAAUAUUUAUAUUGGCAGCUUAUAUUUACAUGGUGGUAACUUCACCAUAUUGCAUUACAGUUUUGUAUACCAAUGAUAUGAAUUGCAUCUAUUAGUAUAAUUGUAUAAGGAAGAGUGCUUGAUUGGUUUUAUGUUAAUCAGUUAUUUUAUAUGAACUUUAUUUAUGCCACUACAUCCUAUGUUGAUAAUGAUUAAAGUGCUUCUUUUGAGA